AUGGCGGACGAUGCAGAAAACAUGAACAUCAAUGAUUAUUAUACUUACUCCGCCCUUUCGACGUAUACGUUCGGCGCAGCAAGCACGCCGCCUCGUGCACCACACGGCACAGAUACUCUGAGCCCCCUCACCGUCGCGCCCGGCGCCGAGGGUAGCGGUAUAGGUAGCCGAGAUCGCACACCUCGACAUUCGAUUGUUCACAUGAGUGACGGCGACGAAGAUGACGAAGAGGUCGUGCGCCGAAACAGAGCAAAGAUGCGCGCCAUCGAUGAUGGCCAGCGGAGGCCUUCUCUACCCACCAACGUUUAUUCCACUUCAAGACCUCUGAACGACUCCGUUAUCGAUCUAUCGGAAUCUGUGCGCGAGCGGCCGACAGGCACCGCUGCCAGAGAAGAUGCUGAACAUAAAUCUCGUCGAGGUGUAACCGAUUCUGAUGCCGGCCAUGAUUCAGGAGCGUUGGAUACGGACGUUGAGCUCGAACAACUUGCACCUGAUACCGCUUCUCAACACACCUUUGGCCGCCGUGACCGACGCCCUCAGGGGUCUCGAGCAUCUGCGUCGCGGGUGCCGUGGGAUCUCAGCUCAGACUCUGAGUCGGACGCGGAACGCCAGUAUGAGUCGUACGUGGUCGAUCCCGCAAAACGCAGCAAGUAUGGUGCGUCACCGGUCACGUUCGCUCACACGCUUAUGAGCGACGAGGACGAAACACUGUCUGCCACUUCUGAAAAUAAUACCUCACUCUCCAUCAUUGCCGGCGGCCGACGUCCCAGCCUUCCUGUCGCGAUACCUGGGCGCACGCCACCUGCCAGCGCGUUGGGCUUCGACCUCGGUGACGACGGUAUGCGCGAACGCGAGGGGAGCAUCGCAACACUUCGACGUCCGAGCCGCAGUCUUGACGAUGAUCUCCGGGCGUUCAACGCGGGUGCGACGGUCGCCGGUGCUCUUGCGACUAGCGAGCCUGUGUCGCAGUUGGACUGGCGUGCGUUUGAGCAGGAAGUCGAGAUGAACCGCCAGCAGCCGCCACAAGAAGCUGGGAACGUAUACGAAGGAUUGAAUUUGGACUACAUCUUGUCUGCGGGCAUCCCGGGCUCACGGCGAUCCUCCAACUCAUUUAUGAUGCCACUCCCACUUCCUGUGCCGCCAGGCAAAGGCAAAGGGAAAGAGAAGCGCAAAGACAAAGGAAAAGACAAGGAGAAACGUAAACUGAAGGACGACGCUGCUGCACUGGCCCUCGGAGAGUGGGCGAGCGCCGCUGGCCCGGCUUCUGCAUCUGCUUUCGCGGAGAUUGCACCAUGGGCAAUGUCAGGAGAAGGACGCAGGCCAAGUACGGUGACGCUGGGCGAUGAUACGUUCACGGGCCACGUCAAAAAAUUCGAUGCAGGUUACGAUCAGAGGAGGGCCGAGUGGACUUUCAAGCGGGAGCUUUCGACAGGUCCAUCGUUGGAUGCAGCGUUGAAGAAACGAGACGACAAUAGCGGCUCUGGCAGCCCAAACGUUCAAGAAGUCUGGAGGUGCGCGCAAAUUGGUAGGAUUCGGCUGGAUCGAUUAUCGGUGGGGACAUCUGACCCAACCAAGCCACCUCAACAACGCCUGAACGUACAAUUCACCACUGACAGCUCUUCCCGAAACACGCUCGGCGGCCCCAGCAGCAUAGUCCACAAGCAUUCGAAAGCAGCAGCAUUUUCAAUCUUCCGGAGUUACGGCAUCCUGGGACAUCGCAGCGCAGAAGGACUCCAAUCACAGGCUGCCGGCCCUCAUGGAAGCCUACCCACCUCGAGCAGUGUCCUUCUGGCGUUAAAGCGCGUUCAGGAGCAAUAUACCAGCACCAAGUCGACGAAGCUUCUCAGUACCCAUGGCCUGCUUGAAGAAAAGAAGGGCGACGAAAAUAAGACCAAGGAACGAGCUUUGGAUUCCAGGAGGCAUGCGCAGACACUUCCCAUCACACCAUCGGGCCCUAUUGUGCCUCGCAUCGGACAACAAAUUAUCCCUCGAGGCGCGGCCGCAUCUAAGCUUACUCGACCUUCCACCUCAUCGUCUGUAGCGGACAGUCAGGCUGCAUCUACUUCUGGGCAUUCGUCCUUUGACGUCACGCGCACAACCGAAUCGGCCACCUCCCAUGCGAGCACUGAGGCCAUUUCUCGCACGACACCCGAAGCACAGCUAUCUCUUACCCACAUGGCAUCGUCCACCACGCAUGCGGACUCGAACGACAGUGAUUCUGAUGACUUGAACGCUCAGGUCGCAACACGAACUUCUCAUGCCGAAGCAUUUGCCACCCUUGAUCGUGAAUCUUUGGAACAGUACCGCACACGACACUUGCACUUGGCUGAGACACCACCGUCUGUGACCGGCUGGCUGAAACGCCUGCGUGGCCCGUUGUCUGCCACCCGCUCUGCACAACCGAACUUCAAUCCUCCGUGGAUGACGCUAGCGCCGCGCACUACUCAGGAGCAGCAAGAGCUGGUGAUCCAGAACCUCAACGAAUCGUUCAAGGAUGUUGGAUUGCUUCCUUCCUACAGGAAGAAGGGCGGCACAGGGUCCGGAAGAAAGGGUCGUAGCAAGGCGGGCGACGUAUUGGCUCAGGUCCCCGAAGACUCACUAUACAUGCUUUUGCCCCUCUGGCCCCGUGAAACAGACCCAGUCAGCACAAACGUGGAGCCGGUUGGCGAUCGCUAUUACCUGUCUCCAAUAGAAGAACGGCUGUAUCUACUGGUCUAUUACGUUCCCUUCGCGGAUCGCAGCGGAGGCACCGGUGGUGGUGGAGGGUCUUCCGGCAAGAAACGCUCGCGCUCUGUGACUCGUCGCGGCGAGCCUGGUCAUUCUCCUCAUCUUAGCAGCCGGUCGGUUGUCCUCACCGCCUUCCGUGCCAUCGCUCGGCUCGUCACGUACGUAGACCUUCGGGGAUCAGGCGUACGUUUGCCCAGUCGUGGAAUGGCGGUCUCUGGUCCGUUGGCAGCAGCGGUGCGCGGAAUCCCGUCUGCGAGCCUGCGGGACGUCCACCAUGGCGAAUACGUCAUUGCAGUCUGCCAGAAGCGAGAUCACGGCGUGGAGAUCGUGCCAGAAGGUUUGGAAAAGUUGGGCUUAUGUGAGCCGAGGACGCAGGCAACGGUGUUUGCUGGCGCGGGAGGGGUAGCGCACCCGGCGAUGCAGGUGCGGGAUCCGGACAUGGAUGCGAUGAAUGCGGACCCGCAGCCGUUGACGGCAAUUGGGAGGGCGGCGGUCGAGAUGGUGUGGUUGGGGUGCAUGGCUGUCACGAGCUUUCAAGGAUAUUAG